CGUGAUUUAGAAAAAAAAAAGUUUUUUUUAGUCAAAAUAGUCAUAAAAUUACAAAAUUGCUUCAGAAGAUUGAUUUGUAAUGGAAGACAAUGUGUCUUACUAUGAUUUGCGUUCUUUAUUCAAGUGACCAAAGAAUCGACAAACUUAUUUUUAGUUCUGGGAUGUAAUCUUGCUCGAUUGCGAUUGUUUUCUUUUUGAAGACAUUCUACAUUUUGUGAAAUUAUUUCAAAAUUUUGAAGGAAUUCGUAUACUUUUUGAAAUUGUUUGAAAAAUGGAUAAAAGUAUACUUGUUUCCAGGUUUUUUUAGGAGUCGGAAAAGUUUUUUAAAAUUAAGCUUGGCAACCCUUAUAGCACUCGAAGAGUUUGUUGUCAACGAGAGCAUUCAAAAACGUGUGAUAGUGAAUCACAAUUUUUCACCGCAAUUCGCGUAAAUAUUCCAACUAUAACGCCACAGCAAUGGUUCGCAUUGAGGAAUCCAAAAUUUGCGACAUCGGCAAUGUAUUAAACGACAAAAAUCGACCACUGAAGGAACGUUUCCGCGCAUUGUUCACUUUGAAGAACAUUGGUGGCGCAAAAGCACUGGAGAGUAUAGAAGCCUGCUUCGAUGACGAUUCUGCUUUGCUGAAGCACGAGCUUGCCUACUGCCUUGGCCAGAUGCAGGACAAAGCCGCAAUUUCGAUACUGGUAAAGGUUCUGGAGGAUGUCAAGCAAGAACCGAUGGUUCGGCAUGAAGCAGCGGAAGCUCUAGGAGCGAUUGGGGCGUCAGAGGUAGAAGAAAUCCUCGUUAAAUAUUCAAAAGAUCCUGUUGUUGAGGUAGCUGAAACUUGUGAUAUCGCUCUCGGAAGAGUACGUUGGCUACGAAACAAAGAGAAAGAGUUUAUAGAUAACAAUCCUUAUGCCUCGGUUGAUCCAACACCCCCGGCAAUGACAACCGAUGUUACCGAGCUGCAAAACACACUAAUGGAUGAGACCGAAACAUUGUUCAAUCGGUAUCGGGCAAUGUUUAGUUUGCGGAAUCUGAGAACGGAAGAAUCAGUACUUGCUCUCGCUACAGGCUUGAAAGGACAAAGCGCCCUAUUCAGACAUGAAGUUGCCUUUGUUUUGGGACAGCUACAGGAGCCGUGUAGCGUUCCCUUUCUCGCGGAAAAUCUCCAAGAUGUUGGGGAGAACGAAAUGGUUCGACACGAAUGCGCUGAAGCGUUGGGAGCCAUCGCUACCGAAGAGUGCACCAGGAUAUUGAACGAAUAUCUGAAGGACGAUAAACGAGUUGUUAAAGAAAGCUGCGAGGUAGCAUUGGAUAUGUGUGAGUAUGAAAAUAGUCCUGAGUUCCAGUAUGCCGAUACACUCGGAAAAGUAGCAUCUGACUGAAUAUGCAUUUUAUUGAUAUUACAUUGAAGCAGUUCAAAACAUAAA